AACAAAGAUGGAGAUCUUCUCUAUUACCUCCAUUUAUGCUUUGGGUGUUGUUAGUUUGGGUUUUCUUCUCUUCUUCUCUGUGUUUGCUAUGGUUUGCAUAUUCUGGCUCAUGCCUGUUUGCAAGAACAACAAACUUAGAAAGAAUGGCUUCCAUGGCCCUUCUCCAAGAUUCCCUUUUGGUAAUCUCAUGGAGAUGAGAAACAAGAACCUUCAUCAACUUCCUUCUUCUUCUUCUUGCUUUUCUCCUAGUGGUGAUCACUUGAGGACUACUAUCAGCCAUGAUAUUCAUUCCACUGCCUUCUCUUACUUUGCUCAAUGGAGGAAAACUUUUGGUAGGGUAUUUGUUUACUGGCUUGGGACAGAACCAUUUUUAUAUGUAAGUGAGCCUGAAUUUCUCAAGAAAGUGACAUCUGGAAGUUUAAGCAAGAGCUGGGGCAAACCAAACGUUUUCAAGUAUGACAGAAGGCCAAUGUUUGGCAAUGGUUUAGUUAUGGUUGAAGGUGAUGAAUGGGAUCAUCAUCGUCAUAUCAUUGUUCCAGCAUUCUCCAUUAAGAACCUCAAUGGUAUGCAAAAUUUGAUGGUUGAGACAACAACCAACAUGCUUGAGGAAUGGAAGAAGCUUAUGGACAUAGGGAAACAUGAAAUAAAUGUGGAUGAAUACAUCAUAAGGAAUGCAGCUGAAAUCAUAGCAAAGACAAGCUUUGGCAUCAGUGAAGAAGAUGGCAAGAUGGUGUUUGAGAAGCUGCAAACAAUGCAAACCAUGCUCUUUAAGUCUAACCGCUUGGUGGGAGUUCCUUUCAGCAAACUUUUAUCUCCCAAGAAAAGCCAAGAAGCAUGGAAACUAGGGAAGGAGAUAGACAAGCUUCUCCUCAGAAUUAUAACAUCAAGAAAAGAUCAAGCUUGCACUAUUAAUGGUCAGCAGGACUUGAUUAGCAUUUUGCUUGAAGGGAACAAAGCACUAAAGAAGAAGCUCACAACUCAAGAGCUUGUUGAUGAGUCCAAGACCUUCUUCUUUGGAGGCCAUGAAACUACUGCACUUGCUCUAACUUGGACUUUGUUCCUUCUUGCUUUAUAUCCACAAUGGCAGAAGCUUCUCAGGGAGGAGAUCAUGGAGGUCUCCAAUGGUGACCCUCUAGACUCCACCAUGCUCACCAAACUAGUUAAGAUGGGAUGGGUGUUCAAUGAAACACUAAGACUCUACUCACCAGCUCCAAAUGCACAAAGACAAGCAAGAGAAGACAUCAAAGUUGGAGACAUCUUCAUCCCUAAAGGAACAAACAUGUGGAUUGAUAUUGUGGCCAUGCAUCAUGAUAGAGAGUUAUGGGGAGAUGAUGUGAAUGAGUUCAAGCCAGAGAGGUUCAUGGAGCACAACAAUGGAGGUUGCAAGCAUAGGAUGGGGUUCAUGCCAUUUGGAUUUGGUGGAAGGGUUUGUGUGGGAAGAAAUCUCUCCAUCACUGAAUACAAAAUUGUUCUAAGUCUCAUCCUCCAAAAAUUUUCAUUCUCUCUUUCCCCUUCAUAUUUGCAUAGUCCUAAGAUAAUGUUAACACUUAGACCUUCUCUUGGUGUUCCACUAAUUGUUCAUCCAAUCUAA